AAUCCACUUUAAAAAAAAACAAUCACCGUCAAUGCGUCAAUGUCAUCUGUCACUCAACCAUAAAAAAAUCGCAUGGUUCUUUCCCUUUGCUUUAUUUAUUUUUAAAGAUUCUAUAAUUUAUUAUUGGAAAUGAUUCGCUAUUUUCGUCUUUUAAGAGGCUGCAUCCAGCAACAGCGAUCAAUUAAAAGCUUUAGUUCUAAAAUAGAAGCCAGCGAAAAUGAACCCAUCAAAUUCACAACAAGUGCAGCUGCUCGUAAGAAGACCAUUAGACCAGUUGCAGUGAAAUAUAAACCAUCAGAGAUGCCAUGGUACCAACCCUAUUCCGUACUGGCCAGCGUAACAGUGUUCCUUAUCUACUUCUGUGUGCUGAGGGAAGAGAGUGAUGUAGAUUUAGAAUUUAAUAAGACCCUUUAUGAACGGAUAAAAGGCUUGGAAAAGGAACAGUUGUUGCAGUCAUACAAAUAUAAUAAAGAAAGUGGCCUAAGUGUUGAAGCAAUAGAAGAGAGGCUUAAACAGCUUGAGCUUGAGGAGGCCAAGACAGUAGCAUAAGUUAAGAUUUUAAUUGUUGUGUAAUUUAUUUAAUAGACUUAGUUUAUUGUUGAGAGUAAAUAUUAUCAGAUACCUAUAUA